GAGCACUGUGUUAACAAGCAACACAGGGCUCUCAUCUCCGACAGCUCGGGCACACUGCUCUGGAUGGCUGUGCACAGCACAGCUAUCCAGAGCAGUGUGCUUACAGUGAAGCACACACACUGCCUCCCUAUGUAAAACACAAACAGCACACAAUUAACCCUUAGAUCGCCCCUCAUGUUAACCCCUUCCUGCCCACUGCCAUUAGCACAGUGUCAGUGCUUUUUUUUUAGCCCUGAUCACUGUAUUAGGUGUCAUUGGGGAUGUCAGCGACACCAAGUCAGUUCCCUCCCCCAGUGUCAGAAUGCCCACCGCAGUCCCGCUACAAGUUGCUGAUCGCCACCAUUUCUAGAAAAGAAAAA